AUGAGGAGGCAAAGAACGAUAAUGAGCCGGGAGUUCCGGCCGAAAAACUUCCGAGUAGAGGUCAAGGAGAACGAGAAGGCGAGAAUAGAAGAGUUAAACGAACUGGAGGAAGAGCUAGCCAAAAACGAGUACACGAGCAAGCUACACAAGGAAUUGCUUCUACAAAAUGCUAGCUUCGAUAGAGAAGCAAAGUUACUCAAAUUACACAUAGCAGGAAAUUUAAUUAAAAACAAGCCAGUAGUGAGUAGGAAAAAUAUUGCCUAUAUUAGUAGCGAAAGUGGAAUUUUGUUAAUAGAUUUAAAAAAAAUAGUCACCUCCUUCUUUAUAGAUAGCUUAUUUUAUUUUGUAGACAAAAAAACGAAACAAGAAUAUUUAGUUUUGAAAACUUUCAAUAAUUACAUUUACUUGUAUUUAAUUAGUGAGAGAAAAUUUCAAUUUGUGAAAAAAUUUUUCAUCAAAAAUUUAUUUUAUAUAAACAGCUUUGGGAAAAAUGGCGAACUCUGUUUCGCGACUUGGGAGUUUGAUCCGCGGGGGAAAAAAAUGUUCAUGAAUUUUUAUCUGCUCAGAUUUGUGUUCAACUAUGAGUCUCCGCUUUGUUACUUAAAUGGGGAGGUACCUGAGCGGGGGGAGGCCAACCCUGGCGUGGGAAGGGCUCAAAUGGGAAGGACCCACGUGGGAAAGGCCCAGGGGGACGAGUCCCCCCCACCGACCCACGUGACGUACACGUUUUCCUCCGACUCGGAGGACUCCUUCAACAAGGAUGUAUUCCCGUGCGAGUUGAUGGCGACCAGUUCGGACGGGGAGGAGGAGCAGCGGUGGGAGGAUGAGCGGUGGGAGGGUGAGCGGCGGGAGGGUGAGCGGCGGGAGGAGCACCGACAACGGGAAAAGCUGCAGACUCGGCCGCUUAACCAUUACAACGGGGUACACACGCAGAAUGGCAACUGUUAUGGAAGCCAAAGCAACGGAUUUCUUCCCCGUGGUGAUGGAACCACCUUGAAGAAACAAAAAACGGAAAUGAAGCCACGAAAGAGGGAUAGAUCAAAUGCACGUAGAAAGCAUAUAGACGUUACAGCGAAGGUGAAAAUAAUGCCACUUGUGAAGAUCAAGUAUGUCUACUUCUCCAUGAUUGAUAUGAACCCAAGUCUUACCAGGCUAGUGCUAGCCAACAACAACCUCGUGAUUGUAUACGACACUGUAAAGAGGAGAUACAGUAUGCUUUACUUUAAAAAUUUGAUUUCUGCUGUAAAAAUAAGUGAUGAAAAUUUUCUUUGUAUUGGGUUCCUUAAUGGAUAUAUGCAUAUUUUUUUGUUUGACCAAGUGACGGAGGAUGAGGAUAGUGCGUCUAACAUGUUGAGGCGUAAUGCCUUUGUGGGAGAAGCCUUCGGGGGUGGGAAGGACUGUGAGCGGAAGGACAACUUUAUUUACUUGUUGAAGGCGAUUGAGAAUGCCUACCCGUACAUCCCCGGGUACGAAGUGGCAUACUACAGGAAGGGCGGCGAGGUGCGCGGCGAUAUGCACUGCGAUAUGCGCUGCGAGGAUGGGGGAGAACGGGACACCCAGGGCAGCGCGAGCGUCCCUUUCAUCAAUUUCCAACUGAGGAAGGACAAGAUCGUAGACAUGCAGAAGACACACGUCGUGAGGUACAAGUGGCACAGUCAUGCAGUGUAUAACAUAACGAUCGAGGGAAGGAAAAUAAUCACCUGCGGAGAGGAAGCCGUUGUACUCAUUUACGACAUAGACAGUGGUAGCACCGAGUUCAUCCCUCACCUGGGAUCCCCCUGUUACUACACCUAUGUGAAUAAGGAGAAAAAUUUAAUUAUCUGUAACUCGCUUAACAAUACGAUUCACUUCAUCAAUUACAAUCACCGAUUGUUCUUCUAUUCAUAUGUCGGUCUGUACAUGCCUCUCUCCUUGAGACACCUUUUUUUGAAUUACACCAGUGUAUACGAGAGCAUAAGAAAUAGCGUUAAUAUUUUCGAAGGAUUGAUUUACAGCUCAUAUAAUUACUCCCUGGGGGGACUUGCGAAUGCUGGUGCUCUCCAGGGGGAGGAAGACGUAAGUUGGGAGGUCCUUAACGGGGAUGCUUCAAUGAACCAUGUGGCGAACUGUGAUGAGGGCCAAAGUGACAGCGAGGGGAUGAGUAGCGACUCCUCGGGGAGCAGUGACGCCGGGGAGGACUUCGAGGAGGGCGACACCUUGGGGGAGCACCCGCGGGGAAGCAUUCGAGGGAGCCAGCGAGAGGACGAUGACCUGCUAGGGAUCCCGGACGAAGGGAUAGAACUGAGUUCUAGUGAAGAAGACGAACGGGGCGCGUCUCUCUCGAACGCGGCCCUCUCGAACGCGGCUCCUUCUAACGCUUCUCUCCCCAACGCGGGGGGAAAGGAAAAACGGAAAAACAAAGCCAUCAUAAGUUUCAAGCAAAUCGAGGAAGACAUCGAAAGGAGCAUUUACAACCACACGAAUGUACAAAAUAAUUUGUACAAAAAAUAUCAAAUGCUAUUUUAUUGUGACUCUAACAGGGGUGUUCAGCUGUACAAUGUCGAAAAGGACAAGCAUGUAAAAUUUGUUUGUCCCUUACAGGUGACUUACAAAAGUAGGUCCAGCGUUGAGUCCGUGAACGAUUUGGAAAUCCUUUCCUUUUCUUUCACUCAGAGUAGGCAUUUGCUAAUGACGAUUGAGAGGAGGAACUACCAGCUGGAGGAGGCUUCUGGAAAUAACGCCAACGCGUUGGUGCAGAUUUUCUACACUUUUAAAAUUUGGAGAAUCGUGAGCAAUAAGUUGGACUACGAGCCCGUUUAUGAGCACUCCAUCACGUGUGAUCAAAUGGGAGAAGAAGCCCCGCGGAGAAGCAGUGAGGAAGAGGCCCCACCGAGGAGCAGUGAGGAAGAGGCACCGCGGAGUAGCAGUGAGGAACACCCUGGGGAGGAGCAACUAGAGAAGUACAGAACGAUCUUGAGUCAUCCCUUCCUUAGCAUUUUCCUCGUACUGGAAUGCGGUGGAGAUAUGAGUAUUUGGUGCAUGGAAAAGAGCGAGCGUAUUUUCGAGAACAGCGUGUACGCAGACUACGAAGUGGAUGUAUAUCAGACGCAGGACAACAGCAACUACUACAGGGAGGUGCGGAGGUUGAAUCACCUGGCUAGUGUGUACGGGGGGGACAUUGGUGAUGGUGGCGAGAAAAAGGGUCAGGAGCGCCACCCCAAAAAGGAUUUCCGAAAAGGGGGCGCCAACCAAGGGGGCGCAGAAGAAGGGGACGCCAACGAUGGGGACGCAGACCAAGGGGACGCCAACCAAACUGUCACUGUCAUUAAACGGAUAAACUACAAGAACAACCCCAUCUUAGGAGGGGACAUAACUAGCGACGGGAAAAUACUCUGCAUCUGUCACGAUAGACUAAUAACCAUAUGGGACACAACCACACUAAGAGUGAUGGCCACAAUUAAUCACGCCAUUUACACAGAGCUUAAUGAGUUCUUAUUUAGAUUGUACAAGGGGGUAGAAAUAAUACAGACGGAUACGGACAAAGGAGAGCCAAAGGGACAUGUGCCACACAUGUGCUUCUUCGCAUUCGACACCAUUUUUAUUUACUCCCUACAUGAGUUUCACUUGGUCUAUCAAAAAAAAAUUAAAAACGGAAUCAUCGAAUACGUGAAGUUUGACAAGCACAAUUGCAGGUUUAUGGCCAUCGGAGUUACAAAGAGGCUUAAAGGGGGGAGCGGUCACAGGGGGGAUAGCCACAGGGGGAGAGGCAGACCUAGUGGCAUUGUACAAAGGAACUACUUAUACGAGUUCACCUCCAACGUAUUGAAGAGGAGGAAGUUAUUCUACUCGUCCAGGGAUAGGCCAAUCGUGUCCCUGGAUUUUGCUCCCCUCAAUCAGAGGAAGAACAUCUCCCUCAGUAGCUUCCAGCCGUCCACAUUGUUGGUUGCCCUCAACUCAAAAUUUCAGGUGUGCACCUUUUAUUUUAAUAACUACGCCGAGUUUAUGCAGCUCUCCUGA